AUGGCUGAAUCUGCAGCCCCAACCGAAGUCCUCGACUCUGAACGCUUCUUGAUAUCUGCUGGCUCUAUAUUAUUCCGCAACUUACCUCCCUCAUCCAACGACGCGCCGCUCGAGGUCUGCUUGAUCUGGCACACCGUACGCAAGGAAUGGCUGCUACCCAAAGGUCGCAAAGACCGCGGAGAAGAUCUACAAGCGACCGCCGCGAGGGAAACAUACGAGGAGACUGGAUAUCCGUGCAAGCUUCUGCCCCUAAAUAUGACAACGCGCGCGCCCGCGCCCGGUCUGCACACAAAAGACGCCGUGCAGAGCGUCGAGGGAUGUCUGGAACCGUUCACGAUCACUAUCCGACAUACCGAGCCGGACGAGGUCAAGAUCACGUCCUGGUUCGCGUCCGUUGCGACGGGCGAGAAGGAGGAGAACACGCAGAUGUCCACGGAGCAAUAUACGAGCUCGUUCUUCCCGGCCGACGAGGCGCUCGAGCGCGCGGCGUAUCGCGAUGAUAGGAGUAUCAUUGCCAGGGCGAUAAAGCUUGUGCGCGAGACCUAUGUCAAUGGAGAUGGUGCGGCGAGUACGGCUUGA